AUGGUUUGGUAUAUUUGGUUAAAGGAAUUUGGUGUAGAUGAUGAUGUUAUGCCACAGAAGCUCCCCACUUCACUAGUCCACUUGAGGGUACUUGUUCAUGAUGUAUCUUUUCUGCAUGAAGAUGAGAUUUCUUGUCUUCUCUAUUUGAUCAACAACUCCCCAAAUUUGGAGAAAAUUAAACUGGAGAGGUGUAGGGACCAUGAGGAGCGGGGUGAACAAACUUUUGAUAACUGGUUUGAUCCUGAAGAUCACUCGGAUCUUAAAUUGGAUCAUCUUAAAGAACUGGAGAUAACAAGUUUCUAUAAUGUGGGAUAUGAGAUGGAGUUUGUGAAGCUCAUCAUUGCUAAGUCACCUGUGCUAAAGUUAGUACGAAUAAAGCUUAAUCCAAAUGUUUAUGUUGAUGAAGAGAUGAAGAUGCUUCAAGAUUUGGUGAGAGUGUCAUUUCCACGUGCAUCACCAACAACAAAUUUCAUUAUCGAACGCAUGCCAUUUAACUAA